GCCGGGCCGGGGAGGUGCUGGAGCGGGGCCGGGCCUGCGUCUGGGUUUCACAGGCCGGGUCGGGGCCGGUACCUGCGCUCCUUGGCAGCGGCGGCGGCGGCGGUGCCCGGGCCAUGGCGGACGAGGCGCGCGUGUCGCGCUGGUACUUCGGUGGGCUGGCGUCAUGCGGGGCCGCCUGCUGCACGCACCCGCUGGACCUGCUCAAGGUGCACCUGCAGACGCAGCAGGAGGUGAAGCUGCGCAUGACGGGCAUGGCGCUGCAGGUGGUGCGCUCUGACGGCGUCCUGGCGCUCUACAACGGACUGAGCGCCUCCCUCUGCAGACAGAUGACCUACUCCCUGACUCGGUUUGCCAUCUACGAGACCGUGCGGGACCAGGUGACCAAGGGCAGUGAGGGCCCCUUGCCCUUCUACAAGAAGGUCUUGCUGGGCUCCAUCAGCGGUUGCAUCGGCGGCUUUGUGGGGACCCCUGCGGACAUGGUCAACGUCAGGAUGCAGAAUGACAUGAAGCUGCCCCAGAAUCAGCGCCGAAACUAUGCCCACGCCCUGGACGGCCUGUACCGUGUGGCCCGAGAAGAGGGUCUGAAGAAGCUGUUCUCAGGCGCAACCAUGGCGUCCAGUCGAGGGAUGUUGGUCACCGUGGGCCAGCUGUCCUGCUAUGACCAAGCCAAGCAGCUGGUCCUCAGCACGGGCUACUUGUCCGACAGCAUCUUCACUCACUUUAUCGCCAGCUUCAUUGCGGGUGGAUGUGCCACAUUCCUAUGCCAGCCCCUGGAUGUGCUGAAGACCCGGCUGAUGAAUGCCAAGGGCGAGUAUCGGGGUGUUCUGCACUGCGCCAUGGAGACAGCGAAGCUGGGGCCGCUGGCCUUUUACAAGGGCCUCGUGCCUGCUGGUAUCCGCCUCAUGCCCCACACUGUGCUCACGUUUGUGUUUCUGGAACAGCUUCGCAAGCACUUUGGCAUCAAAGUGCCAUCCUGAUGUGGCGGUGGGAGCAGCUGGGUCACACCCAGCCCCCUGCACCAGUUUAUUCCAGAGUCCCGGAGGGUUGGCAGCUGAGCACUGCCCUGAGCCCAGCACCUGCCCACCGUGCUCCGGCUGUCCCCUCUGGCCCAGGACCCCCACCCUGGCCUGCCUGGCCAGCCCAGUGACCAUUGUCCCCUCCCGAGCUGCUGGCUUCACCUCCACUUCCUGCUGCCGCCGCUGACUCUCCCUGCCUGGUGUCCAGCGGCGCCCUGUGCACAAUAGUGACUCCCUUGGAGGGUCUAGGCCCCAGGUUGGGUAUUCUCUCCCCAGGUAGGCAGUUAAUCUUGGAGCUGGGAGGGGUGGGCUGUCCAAGCUUUUUGAUUCUGGGGUCUCCAGCCCCUGAAGUCUCUUCCUUUCACGAAGCCCAGCACCCCCAGCAGCUCCCACUGAGGAGCCGGGCAGCGGAGUAGGGGUGUGAACCCCCAGCACCACUCAUCGAAUGACAUGUGCACCUGCACUUUCAUCCCAGGAGAGGGACCAUAGCUUUUGUGAUGUUCUCUAAGGUAGCUGCGCCCCACAGCUGCCAGGUCAGGGCAGAAUGAGUACCCAGGAGGAAGGGCCUGCGUGUGACCCUUAGGCAUCCUACCCACCCUUCCUGGUCCAGCCCACCCCCCACUGGCUUUAACAAGUGAAAGUGAAAGUUGCUCAGUCAUGUCCGACUCUUUGCGACCCCGUGGACUCUCCAGUCCAUGGAAUUCUCCAGGCCAGAAUACUGGAGUGGGUAACCCGUUCCCUUCACCAGGGGAUCUUCCCAACCCAGGGAUCGAACCCAGGUCUCCCACAUUGCAGGCGGAUUCUUUACCAGCUGAGCCACCAGGGAAGCCCAGCUUUAACAAUUAGUUUCACCAAAAGCUUUCAGCGCCAGAAGGUGGCUGCUGUCUUCGGGGAGUUUGCAGUGACCCCUCCUGGCUCCCUGAGCAGGAGUGGCAUGUCCACGGGGGCUGACUGCACAGUGGUCACCUGCAAGGUCUCCAGUAGCUGGUCAGCCAAAAUGCCCAAAGCAGCCUGCAAAUGAGGCUGGGGGCUGCAUCUGUCGGCCUCCCCCAGUCAGGUGGGCACUGUGCCACUACCCCCCGCCCCCAGCAAGUGACCAGCAGUCCCACAUUGCCCUGCAGGGAUGUUAAUAAAGGACGGUGAAGUGCUGA